UACAUGUACAUGUAAAAAGGCUAAGAUCCACAGGCAAUGAUCUACGAAUGCAUGGGGAGACAUUUGUUGUAUUGUACAAGUUCAUAGUUCAGACAUCCUGAAAUCGACUACACUGCUACACCGCCCCAGUCCUAAUCAUGUCGAGCGGGUCUGUGUCAGUAUGUUUGGUGGUGCUGUUUUCUAUAAUGUAUGGAAUCCACUGCCAACCCAGCAAUCUUUACACCUGUACUCCUCAGCCAGGUGUCCGACCGACCCAGCCCACAGAGCCCCCAUUUCCAGUCAUACCCAACACUUUUUCCACCAAACUGGAGGCUAUCAUCGCGGACGGAAACAUGACCGUUUCUGCGGAGGAAUAUUUCGACUUCAACAACAACCGGGCAGCGUUGUUCAUGCUGCAAGGGGACGACAUCAGCAAACUCAUAUUCGACUACAGCACGGAGGAACUGUUUUAUGUCUAUCCUAACCAGUCUUGUAAGACCACUAACCUGACUGUCGAUGACAAUAACCUGUUGUUUGGAAAUGUUCAUAUGGAGGGUGGACUGCAUGUGUUCAGCACUAAUGGCGCCCUGCACUUCUCGAAAAAAUACGGACAGACAUACAUGGGUAAGAAGGUGAUUCGAGGAAUAAAUUGCGACUAUUGGAGAACCUGCCUCACAUGGGCCCCUCUCAGCUCUACAUUCACCCUAGACUAUUACUUCACAGAUCAGUCUUGGCUGUCGUCAUCUGGUUACGCACAAGUUCCUGUCCGUGCUGAAAUAUUUGGAAUGCAAAAACAAGAUGGGGCAUCUCCUCGAACGUUCCACCACAUUUACGACUACACAGACUUUACAACCACCCUCGAUCCACAGACCACAGUGUUUGAGACUCCACAUUUUAUUACCUGUACCAACCGCAGCCAGGUAAGAGGGGUACCAUCCUUACCAUCCGCCUUCUACUACAGGGAAGAAAUUGUUUCAUCAGCGGGAUCCUCCAAGAACGCUGACGUAUGGUUUGAUUCUUCAUAUAAGUUGAUGCGGUUGGAUUAUCGCCCUUCGUAUGGGGUUCCACCCUACUACAGUAAUGACACCAUUACGGAAAUUCACGACUACACCAUAGGUGUGGGCUACGCCAUUGAUAAAGUGAUGCAGAAUUGCUCCAUCAUCCCGAUACAGAACAAUUCAUUUGACGCUACCGUGACAACCAACGUAUCGACAGGUGCCACCAAACAACAGUUCAUACUGAAAAUGAAGAAUCCCGGCGAUUUAUUUUACCUCGAUAAUAACUACACUUACACGGGCAGGCGCAAAACUCGUGGCUUGAACUGUGACGUGUUCAUUCGCACGAGAGACGACUAUCCGUUGGGUCCUUUCAAAGUUCAUGCGAUACUGGAAUUUUAUUUCCUUGCCAUUAACGAGAUAGAAACUAAUGAUGCUGGAGCUCUGACGAAGUCAUCAAAAGAUGUCCCCGUUCAGCUUGAUGUCUCCAUUCCAGGGGAGUCUUUAACCUUGACUUAUAACAUAUUUAAUUUUGACCCUGAGGAUCCACAAAUCACAAACUUCGACGUCAGUUCCUGUUUUACAGAUGAUCAAAAGAUUACAUUCAAACUUACAUAUUUUGGAAACUUUGAUAAGAGUGUGAUUUCCUACAAGCAGAUCUUUUUAUUCCAAUCCAUUACGAGUGUAGCACGUGCUGCUGGCGUCACGCCGUUGAGAGUCUCCAAUCCAACCAUGUACAUGCAGCAGUCGCAAGCUUAUUUCGUGGCAACGCUACUGGAUAAAGCACCGGCAAUAAUGAAAUAUCAAAAGAUUCCUGGAAAAGUUGUGCAGUUCAACAAUGACGCUGUUUUCCAAGGAUUCACUUCCGCUUCCGAUUGCGCAGAUACUUGUCAAUCCUUUGGGAACUGGACUUGUAAUAGUUUUGAAUAUUGUCCAUCAUCGCAAUCCUGUACUUUAAGUAAAAUCCACACAGCCGACGGCACUGUGACCGAUUCCCAUCAGAGUUGCGACCUAUAUGAUCGCACAAUCGGUACCGCUAAUUUCGCAGAAGUGCCACUUACAACUGCAUGGAACAACCUCAGGAAUUCAGUUGUGAAGAAAACAUUCCAAAUUAAAGUUCAAUUCGAUAAGAAUGUGCAGACGUAUACAGCUCAGUCUAUCAGCAAUAAUAUUCUGAGUAACCCGGAUCAAUCAACGGUCUCCACCACAGUUAUGAGUAACUUCAAGGUGAUGACAAAUAAAUUUGUCCAGAAUUUUGACACGGACAUUUUAUCACAAGUCUCAGUGGACGAUUGUGCACGGGCAUGCAUGACGUCAUUGAGUUUUGUAUGUAACUCGUUUGAGUAUCAGUACGCUACUAGUUACUGUCUACUGUCAACUCUCCAUCCUGACGAAAAACCAUCAUCCAUCAAAAUGAACAUUGGAGUGGAUCUCUUCAUUCGUGACUACUCCAACAAAUUUGUCGAAACCCCGGGUACCACGGUAUUAUCGACUUCCAAUGCAGUUUAUCAACAGAUUUUCGACACCAACCAGUGCGCCAAAUUCUGUGUUGACUACCAGGGAUUUAGCUGCAAAUCUUUCGAUUUUUGCCCAGAUAUAGGGACUUGCUUUCUAGGCAAAUCACACGUUUAUGAUGUUCCUAAGGCGCAGAUAAAAGUUAGCCCUAUGUGCAAUCACUGGUCGAGGAAAUACAUCGACGACUUCAAACAAACUCAGAUUAAUGUGAAUAUCAAAAUGGUGAACGACCGGGUAAUAACUGGAAUAAGUGUGAACCAAUGCGCGAAAUCCUGUGUAGAUAUGGAGGGCGGAAGCUGCGCGUCGUUUGCAUAUUGUGAUACACGGCUCGAGUGCAGACUGAGUACACAAGCUCUGAGUAACAUAGGUCAGGUUGGACCGGCGGCUGUGGCCACAUGCAGCGUCUACAGUCGAAAAUCCUUCCCUGAUGGCACGCCAUACAUUGCUAACCCCCAGAAGUACUAUGGAGACUUAGCAUCAGCGUCUUCCACUGGCGGUGUUUCUAAGGGUGGCGCUGCAGGGAUAGCCAUCGUGAUGAUUAUAGUUGGUGUCCUUUUGACGGGUCUUGUCCUUUUCUUAUAUGUCAAAUUCUCCAACAAAGGAGGGGACGAAAUGACAAUCAAAUUUUCCCGCCAAGUGGAUGAAGAAUAAAUACCCUCAUUCUCUCGUCAAAUUUCAUCUCCAUUGGGGUACAAAGAGGGUUCACACUUUGGUAGAAGUCUUUCCAGUUUAUUUUUAUAUGACACUGUGUGACUGGAUGUGUUACCGUCAGCGAAUUUGAUCAGUCUGUGUUUUAUGUUUCAGUGGAAUUUCACUACUGUAUGAGAGGUUAUGGACGUGCGAGUGAUGAACACAUUUCCUAUGAUGAAUUGCUUAUUGUCGAACAUAAUGUUUUCGAUAUACAUAUGUUCUGUCUAUAUUUUAAACCUUACAUUUAAUAUAUUUGUCUUUUAAGAAAAAAGAUUUCUGUAUACCAACAAAUGGUUGAAUAAUUGAAAUAUUAUAUCUAUAAAGAAGUGAUUCAAAUCGGCCAUUAAAAUUUUUAAAUCAACA